AUGGCGCAGAUGUUUCAUAGGGGUGUGGCACAUUCUCACCGCCGGCGACUGAGCCGCUUAUGGAGGCGUUGCGCCGGCCUAUUCAAUAGGCGCGCUGUGCCACUCGUUAGCGCUUUUGCCGUGGUGCUCUUAGUCACGGCAGCCGUGCUGUUAACACCGCGUCGCUACGCACGGGUACCGGAUGGCAGCGACCUUGCCAUCCCGUAUCACUCUAAAGCCGCAGUGUAUCGACAAAACGCUGCGUUUGUGGCGCCGUUCCCGCGUGGUGGUGGGAUUGGCGUUGCCAGCACCGCGACGGAAACCGUCCCCGCCGCGGUGCAUAGUCGCUCACACCGUGAAGAAGCGCUGGAGGCAGAGAUCGAGGUAUACCUAGCGAACCACGGCAUCCGUCGUGAGCGCCGCACACGCGUUCGCUUUCAGAUUGUCUCCAAUGUGGUAGAUUGGAAACUGUGCACGACGCUAGGCUCUGCGGCGCUCGCGGGCUUCAGCAUACCGGUAACCGGCUUCAACGCCGCCUACUCACAUGUCCGGCGCUUCGAAAGGUAUCUCGACUUUGUCGAGCGCGAGGAGCUGCACGACGAAGACAUCGUCGUCACAAUGGACAGCGACGUUUACUGGACUGGAGCCGACUUUCUCCCCUUCCUCAGGAAGUUUGCGCGCUUUUCCCCGGAGCAGGAAAGCGAUCUAGACGUUGCAGCCGUCCGGGCAUGGGAAGACUAUGGGGAGAAGAAGGCGCCCCUGGACAUGCAGCGCCUGCAGGACGAGAUGCACAAUGGCACCGCAGGUCUGAAGCGCCCUUUGCUGCAGAUGCCGCCUGUGGUGUACAACGCCGACGACCUGUGCUGGUGGGGUCAGCACUCUGAAGGCUUUGUGCAGUGCCCUCUGGCCUUUGCGACGCUGGAUCACAUGGUCGAGGUGGCGCGCAACCACGCUUCGAGUAUCGACGUGCAUAAGGCAGCGUCCUACGUAGGCGUGUCCGCCAAAACGCUGCGGAGCGAACUCAAGAAGUCCUUCACGGGCAAGCAACAGUGGAUGGUGGACGACAUGCUAGGCAACCCGAACACGGCGUCACCGUAUACGACCCAGGUGAAGCGGUCUCGCGACGAUCCGCUCUUCUACAACGUCACCGUUGUGAGCAAGUCCAACCCGACCGUGCUGCUGAAUGGCGGCAUGCACGUGUCACGCGUGUGGGCGCUGCGCCGGCUGGCAAAGGCCGUUGCCACGUACACGGCGGUAGAGACGCCGGUCGCGGAGGCGGAGGAGCACCACACGUCUCAGUGGUGGUGUGACCAAGCUCUGUUAGGCCAAAUAUAUGUGCGGGGGCGCCUGUACGAGGUCGAGCACAACUUGUUGGCUGGGCCUCCGCUUUCGAGGCGGACGCCGCCAGUCCCGUACGAUGACCGUUACGGGCCACCAGGCCUUGUUGGCCUGGACAGGCGAUCAGAGAUGGCAGUUCUCGCCCCGACCAUCGAGCGCAACCCGACCCUGUUCCUCCCCAGCAAGUACCUGGAGGAGCAGUCCCUGGGCAGCAACCGUUGGUGGAUCCGGAACAAGACCGAGCUACUGCUGGGCGAGAACGAGCCUCAGGGUCACUCACUAAAGCACCUACAGACGACGCGUGGUGGCGCCCUCGUGACACCGCCGCUGCUGUGGCGCUCGGCGACCGCAGAGGACAGGUCGAGAGGCUUCCAAAAUGAAGCCGAGGAAGACCCUGACGUCGCUCAUACUCCAUUUAUACACUACGCCGCGCCUUCCAAGCACAAGCGGUUCACGGCUCAUCGCCACUAUUACUCCUGGAUGGUGGCCGCGCGGCACGACAGCCGGGCACGGGAAUCCGUGACGAAUGCUCUCCGGAAGGAGUUGGUGGAGCUGUGGUUCAACGAGGAGCGUGUUUUCGUUAACUUCACACACAUGUGCAAGGAUCCAACACUGCUGUCUUUGCCGUAG